GUGGAUCUAUACCUUACAAAUCAUUGGUUGCUUUCUCAUCCAAAAACUGAAAACAGAGAUAAGAGGAUAAGGCCACGUGGCAAAAACCCAAUUCCUCUUCUUGCCACUCCCCGUUACCCACACAACACAAAAACUCAGUUUUCUUUCUCCCAUUCAAACGCCAUGGCAUCUCCAACACUAAUAACACCAUCAUCCACACCCAAAUCGCUCUCACCCAUCAAACCCAAACCCACCAUUGUCGCCACUCUCACUCCACCCGCCGCCACCGCCACCACCCACCCACGCCGCCGUGAAUUCUUCUCCAUCACGGCCUCUCUUCUCUCCGCCACGUGGCUGCUUCCCUUGACUCCUGCACUCGCAGCUUCAGACGAAGAGUAUGUAAAGGAGACAGAGGAAGUGAUCAACAAGGUGAGGUCAACCAUAUCAAUGGACAAGAAUGAUCCUAAUGUGGCAACUGCAGUUGCUGACUUGAGAGAAAGCUCAAACUCAUGGGUGGCAAAGUAUAGGAGAGAAAAAGCGCUUUUGGGAAGGGUUUCCUUCAGGGACAUGUAUUCAGCACUGAAUGCUGUGUCGGGUCACUACAUUAGUUUUGGACCAACUGCUCCUAUUCCUGCAAAACGAAAGGCAAGGAUCUUGGAGGAAAUGGACACUGCCGAGAAGGCUCUUCAAAGGGGUAGAUGAGGAAUUUUAUUUUUCUUUUCAGUUACAUUCUUUUUUUUCUCCCACCCUUGUUUGUCAAGUGCUUGGUUUUUGUAUCAUUGUAUGCAAAAAA